UGUUCCUUUUUAGUUCCUGAAGAGCAUCCUCCAAGUGCUGCACUUCUGUAGGAUAUACAAGCUAUGGUAGCCGGUUUCGAACAACGACCCUGGACACCUACCGUACGCCGUGGACAAAUUGCUGCUGAAACCUCAACCCCUGGACCAGCAGCGGUUGCAUUACCCAAUUUAAUUGGUACCAAAGUACUGGACUCGCGUAAACAAGCCGCUCCAGCAUUUACCUUUGGUCAAAAACAUCGACAAACCGUACAAUCGUUGGGCGAAGGACCAGCCAAAUAUAACGUAACCGGUUUGGGUAGUAAAGGUAAAGACACCCCUCCUGCUGCUACGCUACAAAGUCGCCACAAAGAGAUGUCGAAAUUUUGUACACCAGCCCCAGGGGAAUACGAUGUCGACAAGGCCAUAAAGGCUGUGAAACAGUCAACGGCCAAGUACACGUUUGGUCAGAAAUUGGCUGUGGAGAAAACGAAUUCGACACCAGGUCCAAAUCAUUAUCGAGUUGUACCGCUCGAUGUUAUCAAACCCCGUGCCCCUCAAUAUACAUUUCGCAUAAAAUUGAAAGUAAUUUUAAUAAAUACACCAGCGCCAAAUAGAUAUCGACCCGAGAGGGUGUCGAUAGUGAAAAAGAACUCACCACGCUACUCAUUUGGUAGACGUACUAAAAUUUACUUCGAUAAGGGAACACCAGCUCCGGGCUCCUAUAGCCCUGAAAAGGCCAAUUUACACUCUACACCAGCCUACACAAUUACCGGCAAGGGGUCGCACGAUGUGGUUGAUUGUACACCGGCCCCUGGUGCUUAUGAACCGGAAAAAUGUAAAUUGGAUAAGACACCAGCCUUCACGAUCUCCGGACGGCAUAGCAUGAGAAAAACCAACGAUACCCCCGCCCCAGGAGCCUAUGCCCCAGAAAAGGUUCGCUUGGAUCAUACCCCGGCUUAUACCUUUGCAGGAAAACAUGAAGCAAAAAUUGUUAGCGAUACCCCUGCCCCAGGAGCAUAUUGUCCAGAGAAGGUAAGGCUGGAUCACACCCCUGCCUAUAGCAUAAAGGGACGCCAUGAGACGCACAAGCCCAGCGAUACCCCAGCCCCUGGCGACUAUGCACCCGAGAAGGUGCGUCUGGACCACACCCCUGCCUAUACGAUAAGUGGCCGCAAGGAGGCUAAAAUUGUCAGCGAUACCCCUGCACCAGGAGCUUAUUGUCCGGAGAAGGUGAGACUGGAUCACACCCCCGCCUAUACGAUUAAAGGGCGGCAUGACCUCAGUAAGCCCAGUGAUACACCAGCCCCUGGCGACUAUGCACCCGAGAAGGUGCGCUUGGACCACACCCCUGCCUAUACGAUAAGUGGCCGCAAAGAGGCGAAAAUUGUCAGCGACACCCCUGCCCCUGGAGCCUAUUGUCCGGAGAAGGUGAGACUGGACCACACCCCAGCAUAUACAAUUAAAGGACGUCAUGAUUUGAGUAAGCCCAGUGAUACCCCUGCCCCAGGAGCCUAUGCUCCCGAAAAGGUACGUCUGGACCAUACCCCUGCCUAUACCAUGGCUGGUAAGCAUGAUCCUAAGGUCAGCAAUGAUACCCCGGCGCCUGGUGCUUAUGCUCCGGAAAAAUGUCGUUUAGAUAAGACACCAGCCUAUUCGAUAGCCGGACGCCAUGAUUUACAAAAGCCCAGUGAUACCCCGGCGCCUGGAGCUUAUGCUCCGGAAAAGUCGAAGCUUGACCAUACACCAGCCUACACCAUGGCAGGUCGGCAUGAUUUACAAAAGCCCAGUGAUACACCGGCGCCUGGAGAUUAUGCUCCGGAGAAACAUAAAUUGGAUGGUACACCAGCCUACACCAUGGCGGGACGUCAUAAUGUACAGAAGCCAAGUGAUACUCCUGCCCCCGGGGCUUACGCUCCGGAAAAAUCGAAGCUCGAUAAUACACCAGCCUACACCAUGGCGGGACGUCAUAAUCUGCAGAAGCCCAGUGAUACUCCAGCACCCGGGGCUUAUGCUCCGGAAAAAUCGAAGCUCGAUAAUACACCAGCCUACACCAUGGCAGGACGUCAUAAUCUGCAAAAGCCCAGUGAUACUCCAGCACCUGGGGAUUAUGCCCCCGAGAAGCAUAAUUUGGAUGGUACCCCCGCAUACACCAUGGGCGGUCGCCACAAUCUGCAAAAGCCCAGUGACACCCCUGCGCCAGGAGCUUAUGCACCAGAAAAAUCUAAGCUCGACAAUACUCCUGCCUACACCAUGGCAGGACGUCACAAUCUGCAGAAACCCAGUGACACUCCAGCACCUGGAGCUUAUGCCCCCGAGAAGCAUAACUUGGAUGGCACCCCCGCAUACACCAUGGGAGGACGUCAUAAUCUGCAGAAGCCAAGUGAUACUCCAGCCCCCGGGGCAUAUGCACCGGAAAAAUCGAAGCUCGACAAUACCCCAGCCUACACAAUGGCAGGACGUCAUAAUCUUCAAAAACCCUCAGACACUCCCGCUCCCGGUGACUAUGCCCCCGAAAAACACAGGCUAGAUGGAACCCCAGCCUACACCAUUGCUGGAAGACACAACCUACAAAAACCUUCCGACACCCCAGCUCCUGGUGACUAUGCUCCCGAAAAACAUCGACUAGAUGGAACCCCAGCCUACACCAUUGCCGGAAGACACAACCUCCAAAAACCCUCCGACACCCCUGCUCCCGGUGACUAUGCUCCCGAAAAGCACAGGCUAGAUGGAACCCCAGCCUACACGAUUGCCGGAAGACACAACCUCCAAAAACCCUCCGACACCCCAGCUCCCGGUGACUAUGCUCCCGAAAAACAUCGUUUAGAUCACACCCCUGCCUACACCAUGGCCGGUAAGCAUGAUCCAAAAAUUACCAAUCACACACCCGCUCCCGGUGAUUAUGCACCCGAAAAGGUACGCUUAGAUCACACUCCCGCCUACACUAUGGCCGGUAAACACCAACCGAAAAUUCAAAACGACACUCCAGCCCCUGGUGCCUAUAGCCCCGAGAAAGUACGUCUCGAUCAUACACCCGCCUAUACAAUUGCCGGACGCCAUGAUACGCACAAACCUAGCGAUACACCUGCUCCCGGUGAUUAUGCACCGGAAAAAUCACGCUUAGAUCAUACACCCGCAUUCACAAUUGUCGGACGCAAGGAGAAUAAAAUAACAAGUGACUCCCCGGCUCCGGGUGCCUAUUCUCCCGAAAAGGUACGUUUAGAUCAUACCCCUGCCUACACGAUUACCGGACGCCAUGAGCAACAAAAACCCCAAGAUACACCAGCUCCAGGUGAUUAUGCACCGGAGAAGGUACGUCUUGAUCACAUCCCAGCCUUUACAAUUGUUGGCCGCAAAGAGGUGAAAAUUGUUAGCGAUACUCCGGCACCAGGAAGUUAUUGUCCCGAAAAGGUUCGUCUUGAUCAUACACCAGCCUAUACCAUUACCGGUCGUAAUGUUAGCCAACAUUUGGAGACCACUCCCGCACCAGGAGAUUAUAAGCCAGAAAUGUAUGACCCCAAGGGUCACACCCCAGCCUUUACGUUCGGCAUGAAAUUGAAACAGGAACGAGUCAGUGAUACUCCAGCACCCACUGCCUAUGAACCCGAAAAACACACCCUAGAUCACACACCAGCCUACACUUUUGGUAGUAAAACCGUAACUAAAACGGUUGUUGAUGCACCAGCUCCCGGUCAUUAUCAUCCAGAAAACUAUAACCCCGAACACUCUCCUGCAUACACCUUUGGUCACAAAACAUCAAUAAUGCCAGUUAUGCCACGAGGUCCUUAUGUUGAAGAUCGCAUUAUGCAGAGACGUGAAAGACGUAUGAAAAGUCCUGUACGCAAUGUUGUCAUCUUAGAGAAUGGCAACACCACACAACAGCUAUUGCAACAAAAACAUCAAAAAGAACAACAACAAAAGGCCACCUCCACAACGACAACAACAACAGUAACUGAAAUUCACACCGUAAAUGGUACAGAUAAAUUGGCAGGAGUUUUAACAAAUGGCGAUACCGGAUUGGCCAAAAACAGCAACACCACCAUGACCACUGUUAAGAAACAAACUUUGUUAAAUGGCAAUGUCGUUAAUGACACCACCGCAACCACCAAAUCAGUAUCGCCCACAAAUCAAUUGGCUAAUUUGAAAUUAAAUGAUGCUUUGACCACUGGCACAAAUACGCAAAUCACACAAAAAUUGGAAAAAAUCAAUGGUUUGAAUGGUGAAAGUGGCCAUGUGGUGACCACCACUGUACACACCACCAGUAAUGGUUACAAAGAGGAAGGUAAUAAGAAAAUUCAGGCCAAGGGAAGUGCUGAUAUAAAACAAUCGAAUGCUGCUAGUGGUUCGUGUAAUACCGUCGUGUCGGCUGAUGGUACGACCACAACAACGGUAAAGUCGGCCAAGAGUUCCAGUGUUAAAUAUGCCGUUGAAGCCAGUUCCAUACAAGAAGAAAUUAUCAGGGGAUAUUUCGAAAAUGAUAUAGCUCCUAAUGUCUAUAGAAUUCCCACAGUAUUGGGUAUCAGCAAAGAGGGUAACAUACGCUCAGCACCGGCCUUCUCCAUGGCUGGCCGUGAAAAACCUCGACAACUGCCAACUUUACUAUUUCCCGGUCCAGGAUAUUAUGAUUCCGAGUAUACAGCCAUAAAACGUAGAUCACCAAUGUAUUCGAUGGGUGGUAAACACAAGCUACCCACUGAUGAUAAUAUGAAACCUGGACCAGGUGCUCAUUGCCCGGAGAAGAUAAAUCUCUCCAAUGUUCCAGCCUAUAGUUUUGGCAUAAAACACUCUCCCUAUUUGGGCUAUAUUCGAGAACAUCAUGAUUAUGGUUUUUCUGGAAUUUGUUAAACAAUCUCUUCCCAU